AUGGCUGCCGACAUUCUUCCUCGUAUCUUGUAUGGUGAAGAUGUGAGAAUAGAGGACCAUCCAUAUUUUGCUGGCUUGGUAAACUGCGGAGCAGCUAUUAUAUCCGACAGAUACCUACUCACUGCUGCGCAUUGCGUCGAAGAUUCUAAGGCGAGGCAAAACACAAAUCUUGUAUUCGUCGGUGGAGAAACCAAGCAGAACAGCCAUAUAGUUCACUAUGACAAAGUUAUAAUUCACCAGGGUUAUCGGAAAAUUUUACAACUGCCGCUAAACGAUAUUGCUGUAUUGCGCCUGUCCAAACCCUUGAGUUUCUCCAGAAAGAUCCAGCCUUUAAAGUUGCCGCGACAAAUGGAAACGAACUCAUUUUUGACGUUUGUUGGUAGAGGUGCUGGUGAGCAAGCAGAAGACUACCUGGAAUACUUCUAG